UGUGUCGCUGCAGUUGUUGUUGAGCGCCGUGCUGCAGUACAUGCUUUAAAAAACCACUAUGCAGCUACAGACUUUCUAACUCUCACCAACCACCGAUGUGUUCGUUUUCUGCUUCAGGUGUAGACUGAGAAGAUGUGGCAGUGAGGAUGAUGCCUUCAGAUAAUAUCUUGAUUUUCUCUACAAGAAAGCUGACUAGGAGUCUAGCCAGGUGCCUGAGCAAGGACCAGGGUUUUUGACAUAACCUUAGCAGUUUCUAAUGACUUUGGGCUUUAAAUGUCAAUAUGGAUGGCAUUGAUGAGAGCUACAUCUGGGAGCGCCGCAUUGCCCAUGGCAUUAGGUAUCAAAGAGGAGCAGUCCCCUUCCCAGAAUCAGUUGAUAUUGGUCUGGAGUUCAAUGCGGCACUUGAAAGGAAGGAGAAGUUGGAUCAGAGCCUGCUGACGAAUAGUGUUAUGCUGGAAAUUUGUCAGUUUGCCAAAACAGUGACCAGGUCUGAGAAGUAUUUCCUGUUCGAAAUGCUGGAGUUCAACUUUGACCUUGGCUUUGACAUAAACAAUGACAGUCUGUGUUACAUCUAUGCAGUUCGUGUCCACAACAGAAUUAAGCACCUGAAGGAGCAAAUAAAGAUGAAGCCAAAUAGAUGGAAAGAAACAUUUCAGCUGCCAGAUCCAAGUGUUUUAGCCGGGUCCAAAGAAGACGUGUCAGGACGAUACUGUCCAAAAUGGAACAAAAUUGCUGAUAGUUCAGUGCUCACUGUCUCCAGCAAGGACUGCCAGUCUUCAGACAACCACGAAGCUGAAACUACCAGAGUUGCUAUCAAUAAAUACACUGUAAAAAAACAAGGAGGAAUCCGUUUAGGAAAAACACAGGGCGCUAACCCUUUCUGUGCACAACUUGGUGUGACCCUAGCUAUUCGACCAAGUCACGCCCCCAAACAGAAACUGGACCCAAGUCUGCUCACCAGUGGUGUGAUGAUAGAGAUGCUUGAUUUUUCCCGAGUGCUGUGUGGAAAACACACUUACCUAGUUUAUGAACUGGUCAAGCACAACUUUGGUUAUGCUUUUAAUAAACCUCAGUUCCGAAUGUGUCUAAACAGGGUGAUAGAGAGAAAAUACACCUGCCUGACAGCUGAGGACAAAGACACUUUCAGAAAGGAACUUUUUAAGAUCCCGGCUGAGAAGAAUAAAUUGGAAUAUAAAGGUAAAAAAAGAAAAACACCUGAUGCAGAUAACCAAGAACUGGAAGCACAAAUUCUGGCCACCAAUAAAAGACAAACACGGAAGCAGCAGGCUAGCAAAAUGGAGGAGAUGAAGGAGGAUGAUUUGUCAUACAUGUGUCCUGUUGAGUUUGAGACAGAAUUACAGUCAGAAACAGAAGCUGAACCAGAAAAUGUGAAACCUGAAAGUUGUUUGUCAGGAACAGAGGUAGAAAUGAACGUGCUGCAGGAUGUAAAGCCAGAAGAGGAAGAAGUCUUCAUCUCACCAAUGCAGCCUCUGAGUUAUGGCCACAAAUCUUCUUUGUCACCCACACAGACAAGUCAAGAAUCAUACUGGUGUCUGUUCUCUGAGGGAAGAUGUGCAGAAACCCCAAAGCAGAGGCUGUGGCUGAGGCGCGCUGCUCGCACACAACAGAUCCUGACGUCGAGCCGAGUCAAUGACAUGUUCGCCCACUGCAGAGAGAUCGGAUUAGACUUCAACUUUUGUUCACCAAAACGGAGCUUAGAUCUACAACUGUUGACCAACUGGGUGAUGUGGGAGGUUUUCAAGUUUGGAACUGCUUUGUCGAGGAGUGUACGCAGUUUUUUAUUUGAAAUUCUCUUAAACAGCUUUACUCUUACGCUCCAAGAUGAGCAACAUGAGCGCAAUUUCUUAGUUUACAUGAUGGCAAAACAUAAAAAUCUUGUGAACCACCCGAAGAGUCAGAAUAUGGAUUUUCUCUGCAAGCCUUUCAAACUCCCUGAGAUAUACCACAUGGUUGAUGUGACCAGCAGUUUUCAGACUCAACUGGAACUCCAGAGUCAAGGGCAGAAAGGGUUAGAUUCAUCAGAUUCAGCAAAGAGGGAAGAAGCUGAAAAAGAAGAACACCCUUUCUGUAAAAAGUUGGGUCUCAAUCUUUGGUCAACCAUAGAACGCCCGUCAGACCAGAAGCUUGAUUUGACCAUCCUGACAACAGGCGCUGUGCUUGAGAUCUUCAACUUUGUGAAGGAGCUGUGUGGUGAGGCCCGCAAUACCGUUAAUGACAUCCUUGAGCACAAUUUUGAUCUUGAUCUGCAAAGUGGUGAGACUGAGGCUGCGCAGAAGAUCCAGAGAUGGUACACAACACAGAAAAGCUUGAUGAAAAAGCAAAACAUGUCACCGAAAAUCAACAGGUGGUUAAAUAUGAUUGUCCCGCUGAAUGGCAACUUGCAAGAGAUUCCACACUCACCAACCGAAGAUGGGGACCCAGCUCUAGAAGGGGAACUGGAUGGCUUUAGUGGAUUUGUCAAACGCUUUGACUACCAGAACUGCAAGGAGAUCGGACUGGACCUCGACCUCAGCUCCAAAUCAGAAACCAAAACGAAACUUGAUUUGAAGGUUCUGACAAGAGGAGUUUUGUUUGAGUUGCACCAAUAUGUGCAACAAAAUUACAACCGAUACGUUCCUGCUCUGUAUGAGAUUCUGGAGUACAACUUCGAUCUGAGCUCUCAGAGCCACCGGAAGGUGGAGUUCGCCUGGUCCAUUGCCUCGCAGGUCAUAGCCAUGACUGGCAAAAAACGGAGAAAAGGGGAUUACCUGAACAAAGUUUUUGAGCUCCCUUUCGAGGCCUCCAAGUUCCCCGAGUCUUCCCAGGUGGUCUUUAAAGAGGAGCCGAAAGAUGACUUUGGCGAGCCGGGCCUUAAUAGUGAGAAUGAUGACAUUGUGUUUGUCCGAAAACUGAAGCCUGUUGAUAUGGAAGUCGAGAUAGAAUAAAGUCCUAGCUGCUGUUUGUAUUUUAAAUGUCAGUUUUCAGGAUAGAGUUGCAACUGAACUGCUUUAUAUCUGCCAGGUUAAAUCAGUUAAAUUCACCUUUACCAUUUAUAUAGAAAUGGGGAUCCUCUUCCCAUUUCUGUUCAGCAUGUGCCUAAAAUCCAACUUGACCUUAACCCUGGUGGACAUAAAGAGGAUGAGACUGAUCGAUUUUUGUUUUGGUCUAUAAAGUGGCAAAAAACAACUCUUGCAAUCAAAUUUUUCUUUUUUUAACUGUUGACAUCUUGGGAUUAUUUGUAACAAAUGUCUUUUAACUUGAAGAAGAAAUGCUCGCAUAUAAAAAACUGAAACUUGAUCAUGUUUGAAUUCAGUCAUGAAGGCCAAAUACAUUUUUAGGAUGUGCUGCAGGUGUUUACAGGGGGCAGGAAAAAUAAAGAUUCUCUAACUUGAUUUCUUGAAAUCAAAGUUUAAUGUUACUGCCCAGCAGAUCCAGCUGUGUCUCAGGAAGUGGGGUCUUUGCAGUCUUAGACAAUAAAGGUUCUAAAAUGUGAACGACGUGUUACUGCUGGGCCUCCUUGACUCUGCUGUGGUUCAGUGCUGCUUUAUUCACAGUAGAGUUCUUUUGCUUACCAUUAGGUGCGUUACGACUGGAGUGUAACAGAAAAAAGCGGUGCCACUUUUUUUUUCUCCAAACGAGGAAGUAGAAUAUCCAUGUUAAUGUAAAUCAGUCGAAACCAUCAGUGAUGUGAGUUAAAGAGGACAGAAUGAAUGGUCACAGCUGGCAUAUUGGUAUUUAAUUGUUUUGACUGAUUCGUGAUGUCAACUCCAUCAUAUAAUAAAAUGUGAAAGAAAACA